UCCCUCAGGAACUGCAUAUCGCGUAGGGAUAAUGCGAGUGACACCGCGGCGAGCAAAUGCAGCUCGCGUGCAUGGGCUCGCCACCCUCUACGUAUUUUUCGCAUGUAAUCCGGAAUCGAGGAUAGAGUUCAUUGUUCUACACGAGACGCAGAGGCAGAGAUGAGGGAAAAUGACAGAACUGCGUUAUGUUUUUUAUUGAUACUCGCUCUGUGUACGAGGGUAUAUUCGGCGAACGCCCGGCACAUAAUUACCAAGAGAAAUUACAGUGACCAAAGUAAUGAAAGAUUUACUCGCGAAUUUAAAACAGCGAAUUCUGACGUUUCUCAGAGGAUUUGCUGGUGGAACGAGGUAUGCAAGGAAGAAUUUCAUAGUAAGUUCCGAUGUCGUUGCCCGAGGUGGUCCUAUUGCCGUGCACCAGGAAGAUAUUACGACGCGCACUGCAGCAUGACACGCACCGGCUACAUAUGGACCCAACCGGAAACGUCGUUAAGUCUCGAAAUCGAUAAAUAAACGAUGCUACGAAAUGCCAACCCUGUAAAGAAAGAAAUGAAUUAGAAAGAAUCGAUAAGAAUCCGUUUCAUAAAGCCGCAAAAUAAGGGAUGGCAAUACGAGAGAAAUCAAACAUCUCCCGUUUAAAAUCAAAAUCGGCGCUCGUAAGAGUUUCGCAGAUUUAUUCACCGGUUAAGACAUGACACGAUUGUUCCAAAGGUAAUUUUCUAUUAGCAGCUUUGUUUAGGGCAUAGACGGGAAUAUUGUAUAAUGUUCAAAGGAUGAUAUUCAGAAGACAUUUGGAGGAGCAAUUUGUAUUAGGGCAUCGACGAACAUUUACGCUGCCAAGAAUUUAUAAUUGCUAUGUUAUAUAAACUCGUUGUGAUCACUAUUAAUAAAACUUUAAUGGAGUAA